AUGUCUGGAGGGAAGCGGGUUCCACGGCGAAGGGUGGUGGCGACGGAAAUUUAUCGGGCAAGGACAACUGAGGGUCCACUUCCACGGUAUAAACUCGGCAGCACUAUCAUUCAUGCAACCAUUGUUCAAGUAAUUAUUUACAUAGGAUAUUCCCAAGUAGGAUUCAUGUGCGUGUUCGUGCUGACAAAUUUGACGAAGCGCUGCGUUGGACGGUUGAGACCCCACUUUCUUGAUGUCUGCAAGCCCUUGAACAUCACAUGCAAUGGACAUGAGUACGUUGUUUCUCGAAUACAUAAGGAGAGGGAGUAA